AUCAAAAUUCAAAACCCUUGUUUCCUCCUAUCAUAUCAUCGCCACCAAAAUCCAGAUCACCGCUGCAACAGAUUCCGAUCGACCACAACCAAAAUGGCCGCUCACCACCACCCGUGUCACCACCCUCCCGCCGCCGCCAAUCCCACCUACUGUCACUGCCACUGUUACUCCCCAACCUACACUCCUUGCCUCCACCCCCAACCACCGGACCCCCACCCCCACCACCACCCUCCCCAUCAGCCCCACCCCUAUUCAACCAUACCCCACCUCCCAAAUCCACCCCAGUACAACGAACCUCACCAAAACCACUAUUUCCAAGAAGAAAUUCGAACCUACCCCGCCGUCUCCUCCCUCCUCCGCCGCAUCGCCGCCCUCGAGUCCGCCCUCGGCCGACGCUCCUCCCACUCCUCCUCCUUCCAUUCCCUCCGCGACGCCGCCGCUCGCACCAUUCAGACCCAUUUCAGAUCCUUCCUUCUGCGCAGAUCGGUAACCCUCCGCCAUCUGAAAGACCUAGCUUCCAUCAAGUCAACACUCGGGAUUCUCAAAUCCUCUAUUUCUGAGAAAUCCCUUUUCAAUUACGACGUCGUUUACCACAAAGCCAUGGACCUGCUUCUCAAACUCGACACCAUUAAGGGUGGAGAUCCGAUGAUUAGAAAUGGUAAAGCUUCUGUGAGCAGAGAUUUGAAUAGAUUCUUCGAUUUUAUCGAUGGGGUUUAUGUACAAAGGAGGGGGCUUUCACUCUCGAGAGGGGUGAAUGUGAAAUCUAUUGUUUCAGAUAGUGUAAGAAAAACGGACAAUGUGAAACACGGAGGACAAAAAAGAGUUCAAAUGGAGAAACUGAAGGCUCUGGUUUCAAGAAUCGAUAAACUAGCCGAGGAGCUCGAUGAAGAAGAAGAAGAGGAAGAGCAAGACGAAGUCAUCGAAAAACCUAGCGACGGAUUUACUACAAGAAAUCGUGCGGGGUUGCUGAAGCAGCGUGGUGGGGUCCACCCGAAAGUGAAGAAAAAUGUGAGCUUUGCGGAGAAUGGGAAGGUUUGCAGGGUAUUGAGGAAAGCCCGUGAGCCGAUUCUUGAAGAUUAUUGCAAUGAAAGCAAUGAUAGGGACAGUUCGGUUGAUGCUGAAGAUGAAGAUUUUAGUCGAGAAGUUGAAGAAAUUGGAGUAUCUUCUAAAGAUGACGAUGAAGAAGAAGAAGAUGAUGAAGAUGAAGAUCAAUUGGAAAAUGGCGAUGAAAAAGGAUCGCGGAUUUAUUCGACUAGUGGAGAUAAUUUUGAGAGGAAGAGGUAUGAAAAUGAGGAAACUGAUGAGUUCGUGUUUUCUGCCCCGAUGCCUGCGAAGAUGGAAAAGAGAGGUGCGACUCAAACGACGAGAGAAAGAAACUAAAAUGACAUCUUAAGAUUGUUUGACUUGUUUUUUCUUUUUUGGGGGGUUGAAUUGAAAUUAAAUUUAGUGGAUUUGGAUUUGGAUUUGUGUUGCAUUUAGGUUUUCUUGUUUUUAGGUUUGCAUUUAUGUUGUAUGUUUUUCUUACUUAGGUUUCAUUGUAUUAUUAACAUUUGAAAUUCAUCAAUGUUGUGGUAGAGUUUGUUUUGAUGCUAUAAUAUUUGUUUAGUGGC